AGGCUUUUCUUUCGAUUCGGGAAGGAGGGCUAGCUGCUCUCCGGCUGCUACAGUGUAAUGUAUGCUAUGGCUGCACGUUGCCGUACCCAGUAAAUGAACAGAACUUGGCUCGGGAGGGUGUGUCAGAGCGAAUAUUUCAAUCAAUCCGGUUGAAAACCGGGUGUUCGCGCAUUGCUGAUGCGUAUUAGAAGGAUAUCAACUUCUGGCUACCUUGAUCAAAGCACUCAGAAUGGAAUGCUGAGGGGGAAAUGCAAAACCCGGCUUGAGGAGGGAGACGGCUUCCUGUUCAUCCUGAGUCCAUUUUAAAUUAUUUAGCAAAUCUGGAGUGAACUAAUACAAGGCAUCGAGAUGCAGACCUUUUUAAAAGGCAGGAGAGUGGGAUACUGGCUCAGCGAGAAGAAGAUCAAGAAACUGAAUUUCCAGGCCUUUGCCGAGAUGUGCAGGAAGAGAGGAAUAGAAGUGGUACAGCUGGACUUGACAAAGCCGCUGGAAGAGCAGGGUCCCCUUGACGUUAUCAUUCACAAGCUGACUGAUCUGAUUCUGGAGGCAGACCAAAAUGACACACAGUCUCUUCUGCUUGUCCAGCGAGUUCAGGACUACAUUGAGGCCCACCCAGAGACUAUCGUCCUGGAUCCCCUUCCUGCCAUCCGGACCCUGCUGGACCGGUGCAAGUCCUACGAGCUGAUCCACAAGAUAGAGGACUGUAUGCAAGAUCAUAGGAUCUGCUCUCCUCCCUUCCUGGUGUUGAACAGUGACUGUGGGACUGACACUCUGAAGCAGAUCAAGAAGCAUGGUCUCACAUUCCCCUUCAUCUGCAAAACCAGAGUAGCACAUGGUACCAAUUCUCAUGAGAUGGCGAUCAUUUUUAGCGAAGAGAACCUGAAGGACAUCAAGCCACCGUGUGUGAUCCAGAGCUUCAUUAAUCAUAACGCAGUGCUGUACAAGGUGUUUGUGGUGGGGGAGUCAUACACAGUGGUGGAAAGACCUUCCCUAAAGAACUUCCCAGCUGGACCUGCAGACCGAAAAGCAAUUUUCUUUAAUAGUCACAAUGUAUCAAAACCAGAAUCUUCCUCAGACCUGACUUCUAGAGAGAAUGUGGAGGGAGUGUUCCAGCCUCCCAGCGACGAUGUCAUCCGUAAGCUCUCAAGUCUGCUGCGCCAAGAACUGGGCGUGUCUCUCUUUGGGAUCGAUGUGAUCAUCAACAACCAAACUGGCCAGCAUGCUGUUAUCGACAUUAAUGCAUUCCCAGGCUACGAAGGGGUACCCGAGUUCUUCAGUGACCUGCUGAACCACAUCAUGACUGUCCUCCAAGGGAGCCCAGAGGCACCAGCCGCGCCCCUCAAUGGCAGUGCAGCAGAACAGAUGCCCAGUGUUGCCAUGGUCACAGGGGACCAUGGAGGCAGUACUCCCACGGGCUGCUGCAGCAUGCUGGGAAAGGACGCCAGCCCCUGGAUCGUGGAAGGAGAAAGCAGCAAGAAGGCCUCGCACCAGAGACUGGGCUGCAAUUCGGCAGUGUCGCCCAAUUUCCAGCAGCACUGUGUAGCCACACUAGCGACAAAAGCCUCUUCACAAUGACCAGUUUUUCCCAAGUGAACAAAAGAACCUAUCUCUAAUCAAAACAAACAAAAGGUUCACAUUCUGAUGAAUUAGAUUUUAUUUUUUUUAUAUUUUUUGUUUAAUAGAACUUUAAUGGGAACUUGAACUCAAGUACAGUUCACACACAUCAUUUUAUUGGUUUAUUUCUUUUGUAUUUUAUGCCAAUCAAAUCAGGAAAGGGUCAGGAUUAAGCAGAAUACACAAGGCCUUCUGCCUUGAACACUAGAGACUUAAAGGAUGUUUAUAAUGUUCAGUAAUAUCACCAGAAUGGACACUCCUUAAAUAUAGUAUUUGAAUUAUAGUAGGACAGACACAAAUGUAAAAAUACUACAAACACACACUUUUAACAUCUACAAAAUGAUGUUUUUAAUCUUAUGGUUUUUGUGUUUGUUGUAUUUUGGGGGUUGUAUUUUAUGUUUCCUUCUUUUUCUGUGAGAGGUAAAACCCAAUUCACAGUGAGCAACCCUAAACAUUGUGUUACAGUAAUUGUACCAGUUCUGGUUUAUUCUGCCUUAGUGGAUGCUGAAGAACUUAAAAGAUCUGAGCAUUCCACUCUAAUUGAGAAAGAGUAUUCCACCCUAACAAUGCUAACUUUGCAAACCAGAAUUGUUGUAGGUAAAAAUCCAUCAAGUAAUGGUGCACAAUAAAAUCAGAUCGAGUCCCCUCUGGCUUUUUCACUGUAACAAGUCUCAAAAUUAUUUGCACAGAAUAUUUCUAAAUUAUUCCAAUGAAAUAUAUAAAGGAAAACCCAGAGUUUUUCACUACACGGAAACAUUUUAAAGCUUUUUUUCAUACACACUGUUCUUCCUCCUUUUGAUACAGAGUUUCAUCUGAAGUCCUGUAUGAUUUAAUCUCAUUAGACCUCACAGCAAAGGCAAAAUGGCAAAGUACAGUAUUUAGCUUGUCUGCCUUUCUCUAAGACUGUGUAGUAACACACAAAAUCAUACUAGUUUUUGAAGGAAAAUAAAGUAAAUUGUUAAAUUAAGGUCUUGUCUACAUUUAAAAUUAGCAUGGCACUCCAUAAACAAUAUUAAAAGUUUUUUUUUUCAAACCCCAGGAUACAUUUUGGAAAUGCACUGGGACAGUGGUUGGGAAAGGAAAUGAUACUAAUCCUUCAGUUUGCAUUUUAUAUAAUAUCAUGUUUUAUCACAGACUUUUAUGUUACUUUGAUUGCUUUCAGUUUCAGUAUCAUGUACUGUACAUUAAAUCUUUCUUUAAUGGCAGUGAACACCCCUGUAUGAAGGUUGAGCAACAGCCUGUGGUAAGGGUACAGAGAAGAUCUUACUAGCUUUCAAAAAUCACGGUGCAGUUGACAGCAAAAAAUAGCAUUUUAUUUCCAUACAAACCAGUUUGAAAGGGUGUGGGCUGUGUCUGAGGUAAGCAAAAAUCUGAUUGUUGAGUACUGAAUGCUUUUAUAUAGGUGUGUUAGCUUACUGCUUUACAAUAUUUUAAUGAAAGCAGUUAAGUGAAUAAGAGCCACCACCACUCAGAACUGAAAAUUACUCACCUUUUCCUGUCUUAUACUCACAUUACCUGUGGUUUGCAAUGUGUAGGGCACGGAAAUCAGACUUUGUUGUUUGUUUCUGCUGAAUGUAAACCUGUAAACCUCUUAAACAAUAUUGGAGGUGUUUGGUAAAGUGACAAAGGAUUAGCUCAGACUAGUAAACCAGUAUAGGUUGAAUCAAGCUAUUGGUAUACUACUUCUGGACAUCCAUCCCCAGUAAUUAUAUAAGACCACAUGUUGUCAUUUUGCAGUGAUAAGUAGUCCCAGUCAAGGUGCUUUUCACAACUUACUUGAUGAUGUUUCUAUGGCAACUUGCAAAGUAGCACUCUUCUGCUUCAGUUUUUUUUAGUUGAACUGUCUUUGUUUUCUCUGUUGCCAAUCGUACAAGACAAACGGGCAUUCUAUUUUAUUAAAAUCGCAUCCGCAGAGAAAUUGAUUUGUUAGCAGCCAUGAAGGAGGGAAAGAUAACAUUCCUUUUAUUUUUUUUCUUCAGAUUCCUGUAUCUUUUGCAGGUGAUUUUAAAUGAUCUGCUGUUCAGACAAGUGGCAUUCAACUUGAUGUUUAUUCCACUUGGCAUAUUGUAUUUUGUUUUUCCCUUGGUAACCUUGGUAGCCUACUCCAGAUUUAACUAAACAAUGAUUUUGAAUUUUAUGUUUUCCUGGGUGUGUGUAUUUUUAUUUGUUUGCAGAGUGAUUCUAUAAAAAGUUUAGUUUUAAUCAAGAAAUGUAUGAAAUGAUUAUUUAACAGCAAGAAAGACCUGUGUAAACAGGGUGUAGUCUUUUAACAGGAUGUAAGCAUCUCUCCAUAUUAUGAGUACAUGAAAAUUAAACAUUUUCCAUUUCUGUGUGUACUGUAGGAAUAUGCACAAGUAUAAUUCCACAUGUUGGCUUUGUUUCUGUGGACCAUAAUUAACACUACAAAUCUGCUUCAAAGAGAGAGAGUGAAGGGGAUAGAAAUCUCUGUAUGUUAACAGGCACUUGGAUUUUUGUUUAGUUGUAGAAAAUAAGAAUCACUGCUUAGCACCUGCACUCAUAUGGAACUAGUUUUUAUUCAACCUGAUGUACCUCUCUAAUCUCUUACACCAGCUUGGUAGAGAUGAGCCCAGCCUACAUGGGUCCUUUGUGAUGUGUUCUUCCUGCAAGUAUGGAAUGUAAAUGUUGGGAUUUGGUGUCUCUGUGAGAGUGGGUGCCCUGAUUUAAUGAUGAGUCACUGAGCUUGCUAGAACAUGGCGAGGUAAAGUUUUCUCACAUCACCUCCAAUCCUCAGUGGCGCUCACCACAUUGCCAGCUACCUUGAACAGGCUUCUCGCCUCCACUGUCUGAAAUCAACUGGUGGUUUCCACUCUGCAACCCAUUCUCCUUUCCAAGUGGUCGAGGCACUCUGAUGAUGCCUAAGGUCUGCAUGCUUGACUAUACAGCUAUCUUGUCAAGAAUUCACCAUUUUGGAAUGGCAACAUUGAUAUACCCUGUGAUUUUAGCUUCUGAUGUUUACUGUAAUGUUUUUAUUUUACAAAAAGAAUGAGCAUUAUUUUAUUAAACUAUAUAGUAUAUAUAAUAUAUAAAACAAAAUGCAUAUUGAAAAGAAUGUGAGCAGUGCUGAAGAACAAUCUGUUUUGUUACACACAGAAAACUAGAACAGAAGGCAGGUGCUUGAUAACUGUGGUGAAUGAAACUAAAGAAUAGUGGGUAAAAACAAGGGAUCAGAAGGGGAAAAUUGAGUUAUAGACCAUCUGUGGCUCAUUCCUGGGAGACCAAUGUGCUGAAGGAGUGUCUUGGUGUUCACCACUGCUCUGUAUACUGUUGAAUUCACAAGUGCAUAUUGUGUUCUGUCAUUGCGCAUCAGUGGGAUUGUGUCAACCCUGAUCCCCUGCCCACCACUUCCUUGAACUCCUGGCUUCCUAUGAAUGUUUACUUGGAGAUUUUGUUUUUAAUUGGUUCCUCAAAAACCAUUUCCCCAUUUUUUUUGUGACUUUUUUAGUGAAAGGAAUGAAACUGGGCAAAAUAAAUUAAAAAUGAACUUUA